AUGAAUUUGGCCAAGAGAAAAAUAAUUGAUAGUAGCUUGUGUCCAAUAUGUGAGAGGGAAGAGGAGUCAACUGUACAUGCUUUGUGGAGUUGCCCAUCUGCAUCAGAUGUGUGGGCAGAUAAUGACAGUCCUGUUAAGAAAUGGGCAUGUUCAGUAGUGAACUUCAUGGAACUCUGGAAGAAGCUGAAUUAUUGCUUGGAGGAGGAGAAGGUUGGUUUGGUGGCCUGCACUUUGAGGAGGAUAUGGCUAAGAAGAAAUGUUGUUAUCUUUGAAAAGAAGUUUGAAUGUCCGAAAGCAUUAACUAGUAUUGCUCAACAGAAUUUUGCUGAAUUCAAUGAAGCAAAUUCUGGUCCAAGUAUGCUCAAGUUAACAGAAGUUAUGCUAGAUGGAAGAAGCCCGAUGUGUUGGUCUGUAAAUUUAAUUGGGAUGAGGGUGGGAGUUGGGAUUAUAGUGAGAGACUCGGAUGGGGAAAUUCUUGCUUGCUUGUGUAUAAGUGUGAAUUACUUGUUGAAACCUGCUUGUGCCAAGGCAUAUGCUUUGAGAAGGGCUAUGUUCUUUUGCUUGGAGUUGGGAUGUACAAAUGCUGUUUUUGAAGGUGAUUCCCUGAUAGUGGUUAAUGCUGCUAAUAGUGAAGAUGAAAUGAGUAUAGAUUAUAGUGUUAUAAUUGAAGAUACUAGGAAAAUGCUUAACAACAAUGGGAGGUAG